AGAGGCAGGAAGGCCGAGCAGGCUUGUGAAUGCCUGCGGGCGGUUCCUCUUCACCAAUCGCUCGCUAUAUAUUUAUAAUGUUUUUUGGGGUUUCUCGAGCUUCUUCUCCGGACACGGAUUUCCGUUCCUGCUCCACUAUCUCAGUCUCUAUUCUCAGAACCUGAGAAAUAUUUUUCGGGCUCCUCAAAUUCUUGCAGAAUCUCCGUUGUUUCCUUGUUUAUCUCCUUAUUCUGAAGAAGUGCGGCGCUUUCCUUCUUUGCAAACCGUUUCUAAACCGAAGAGUGGGAUAAACGUUGAUGCCUAUUAUGGCAGAUUGCCCAACCGUAUUUGAAACUAUACCCUCAGCGCGUUUAAACGGCAUUAAGUUUGAGUUAAUGACCGGAGAGGAGAUGGAGCGGUUUAGCAGUGUCAGUAUUCUUGACGUGAAUGAUUUGGUGGAUGCUAAAUUGGGUUUACCUAGCACAAGUUCUCAGUGCUCAACAUGUGGUUCAAAAAGUGUCAAAGAUUGUGAUGGACAUUUUGGUGUUAUCAAGCUGCCUAUUUCUGUUUAUCAUCCCUACUUUCUUCCAGAAAUUGUUCAUAUUCUUAACCAAAUCUGCCCUGGAUGCAAAUCCGUUCGGCAUGAGUCACAAAUUAAGAGACGGCUCUUUCAUACGGUUCGGAAGAAAUUACUAAGAUAUAUUCGGUUGAGUCUAUCACGUUUGACUAGAAAGGUUCUAUCUGGUGAUCUGAAGGAUGAUAUUUCAUACUUAAAGAUCAGAAAGCAUAUAUCAAAGGAAGUGGGAACAAUUGGAAACAAAUCAGGUUGCAAAUAUUGUGCUAGCAGUUCUUUUGAGUGGUACCCUACUUUAAAAUUUAAGAUAUCCAAUAAAGAUUUUCAAGGGAGGAAAGGGCUUUCAAUUUUGGCAGAAGUAAAUGCAAAGUUGCCAAAAAAGUUUCAGAACAGAAGCUUUGGCGAAUUAUUGCCAAAGGACUUUUGGAAUUUUGUUCCCAAGUACCAUAAACAGCAAUGUCUGAAUUCGAACAGCAUAUUUCUUUCACCUUGGCAGGUAUUUAGUUUACUGAAACAACUUGAUCGAGAUUUCAUCAAUCAGUUUGUUUCUAGGAGGGAAUUGCUAUUUUUAUCUUGUCUACCUGUUACUCCUAAUUCCCAUAGAAUUGUGGAAGUAACACAUGCAUUAACUGAUGGAUCAAGGAUUAGUUUUGAUGAUCGAACAAAAAUUUAUAAAAGAAUGGCUGAUUUGGGCAAAAAGCUUGAUGGUGUUCUGCAGCAUCCUCAGUUUAGAGCUUUAACAUCCUCCUUCAUAACUGAUAGAGUUCGAGAAUGCUUUGUGUCUUCCAAGUUAAGAUCCCGUGCAUUAUUAUCUGGAGAUUCUCCUUCCAGUGUAUCUGGAAUGAAGUGGCUUAAGGAAGUAGUUCUCAGCAAGAGAACAGAUUAUGCGUUCCGCAUGACAAUGGUCGGUGAUCCAAAGCUAAGGUUAGAUGAAGUUGGAAUUCCAUCUGACAUCGCUAGAAGUCUUUUUGUCACUGAGUUUGUCACCAAAUUCAAUUUGGAAAAGCUGAGAACCAGCCAAAGAAUUCGUCUGUGGAAAGAUCAGAGGUUAAUCUUUAAUCAUAAAUCAAAUGAACUUCAGCUUGGUGAUAGAAUUGAAAGACCUUUGGCGGAUGGCGAUGUUGUUCUAGUAAACAGACCUCCAUCAGUGCAUCAGCAUUCUUUGAUUGCACUAUCAGUCAGAAUUCUUCCAACUGAUUCAGUUGUUUCGAUAAAUCCAUUAAUUUGUUCUCCUUUGCUUGGCGAUUUUGAUGGAGACUGUCUACAUGGCUAUGUUCCGCAAUCUAUCCAUUGCAGAAUAGAGCUUCAGGAGCUUGUCAGUUUGGAUUCUCAACUAUUAAAUGGACUGGAUGGUCGAAACCUAUUAUCGCUUACUCAUGACAGCUUAACUGCAGCAUAUUUUUUAACUUCUAAGGAUGCUUUCCUUAACAAGUUUGAGAUUCAACAAUUAGAAAUGUUAUGCCAUCACCAAUCGCCUGUGCCUGCAAUUGUAACUGGUCCAAAUCCAAAGAGUGCUCUCUGGACUGGACAUCAGUUACUAAACAUGCUUUUUCCUCCUUUGGUGGAUCUUUAUGAAUCUUCUAGGACUCUUCGGCAUUUUAAGGGUGAACUUCUGUUUGAACCACAAUUCUUGUGCUGGUUGCAGAAUAAACCUAACAGUAUUUAUUACUGGAUGUCCACAAAUUAUGGAAAGAAAGCCCUUGACUAUCUCUUUUCUGCUCAAGAAGUUCUUUGUGAGUACUUGACAAUGAGAGGUUUUACUGUGUCUUUGGGUGAUAUUUACCUCACCACAGAUUCUUAUACUAGAAUGAAGAUGAUUGACGAGGUGAACUUCGGUUUGCAAGAAGCAGCAGACUCAUGUAGGGCCAGAGAGCAUUUUUUGAACAAGUUUGACGGUUCUUUAAACUCUAUUGAUGAUGUAGAAGACACUUUCCUUUCUCUAAAGCUCCAAAAGUUGAAAUCAUCUAGAACACGGCUAAUUCAAGAAUCUAUUGCUGCAUUUAAAAACAUAUUCUGUGAUAUUCAAUAUGCCAUACUUAAUUAUGUAGGGAAUAAUAGCUCAAUGUUGGCGAUGAUAAAUGCUGGAAGCAAGGGUAGUUUGCUGAAGUUAGUUCAACAAGGUGCAUGCCUGGGAAUGCAAUUUUCAGCUAGUGAAAUACCAUUCAACAUACCCAGGGUUCUUUCAUGUGAACAUUGGAACCAACAGAAGAAACUCCAUCAGCAUAGAGUACUUGAUGAUGCCGAAGGUGGAAGCAUUCAGAAACAUUUUGCUGUAAUUAAAUCUUCUUUGCUUGAUGGUCUGAACCCAUUAGAAUGUUUUUUCCAUGCUUUAUCUGGUCGUGCGAAUCUCUUCAGUGAAAAUGCUCAACUUCCAGGAACUUUGAGCAGGAAACUUAUGUUUUACAUGCGGGAUUUGUAUGUUGCCUAUGAUGGAAGUGUGAGGAAUGUUUAUGGAGAGGAAAUUGUUCAGUUUUGCUAUAAUUUUCCUGAAAAUGGCAAGUUUUGCAAAAUCUCAUCUGAAAGAGAAGUUUCGAGAAGCGUUCCCGGUGGUCAACCUGUUGGCUCAAUGGCUUCUUGUUCCUUAUCAGAGACAGCAUACGGAGCCUUGGAAUGCCCAGUGAAUCCAUUUUGUCCAUCCCCAUUAUUGAAUUUUAAGGCUUUACUAGAAAGGAGUACUGGUACAAUAUCUGGCGUCCAUACUGCAUCACUUUUUUUAUCAAAUAAAUUAAGAAGGUUAAGAUAUGGCUUUGAGCAUGCAGCCUUGGUAGUGAAGAGUCAGCUUGGACAUGUUCUUUUUGCUGAGAUCGUCAGAACCAUAACAAUUCUUUAUGCGAGGAAGGACACACAACGCGUAGGUUUGAGCCCCUGGGUCAUCCAUUUUUAUGUAGACAAAGAAAGCAUGAGUAGUAGAAGAUUAGAAGCACAAAAUGUCAAGGAUCAACUUGUUAGAAGUUAUGAAAAGAAAGCAGCACUUAAUGAUUCACUCCCUAAGCUAUUUAUAGAAAGCAAGUAUCAUCUGCCAGAUGAUAAACAAGAGAAAUCAGGUGCCAUGAACUGUAUUACACUUGCUGUCGAAUUUGCUGACUCACCUAUAUUGUUGGAUACGUUAAGACACUUGGUGUUACCAUGUCUUCUAAAGUCACUUAUCAAAGGAUUCUCUGAGUUCGAAAAGGUUGAUAUUUUGUGGGAUGAUACCCAGAAAAACUCUAAUGGCGAACUUUUUCUAAAAGUUACUAUGUCGGAAACUUGCUCACCGGGGAAAUUUUGGAAUUCUAUUCAAAAUGCCUGUGUCCCUAUAAUGGACUUGAUUGAUUGGAACCGUAGUCACCCAAAUGACAUAUGCAAUAUUUCUAGCAUGUUUGGGAUAAGUGCCGCAUGGAUUAUUUUCUUAAGAUCAUUGAAGUCAACCGCACUUGAUGUAGGAAGGAACGUACGUCAAGAGCACUUGAAGAUUGUUGCAGACCGUCUUUUUUUCAGUGGGGAGUUCUAUGGAUUGAGCAAAAAAGGGUUAAAGAUGCAAAAGGACUUUACCGCAAAUUCUUCACCUUUCACUUUCGCAUGCUUUUCUAAUCCGGCGAGUUGCUUCGUUGAUGCUGCUAAGCAAGAUUGUACUGAUAGUCUUCACGGUACCAUUGAUGCUAUUUCGUGGGGAAAAGAGUCUCCAAUUGGGACAGGUGGACCAUUUAAAAUCAUGUACUCUGGAAAGGUAUCCAAUCCCAAGGAAGGUGUGGGUAUAUAUUCGAUGCUUCAGUGCCAGGAUAUCAUUGACAAAAGGAUGGAAGAGCCACUACAUGCAGGUGAUGAUAUUUGUAAGUCUAAAAAAUGGGACGAAAACUGUUGCACGGAAUAUGAAGGACAUACAGAUUUUGCAUUCCAAAAAGGGCUCGGUGCCCGUCAGAAUGGCUCAUAUUCUCAUAUUGUGAAUAUGGAGUUUUCAUUGCGUGCAAUAUUACUCAAAUAUCCAAUUAACAGAUAUGUUACCGCCGCUGACAGAGAAAUUCUCAUGAAGGCUUUGGCUCGCCAUCCUAGUUGCGAUGCUAAAAUUGGAAGUGGAGUUCAAGAUAUUAUGGUUGGAUAUAGCUCCGAACAUAAAGGAUCCAAGUGUUUUAUUUUGGUGAGGAAGGAUGGAACUACUGAGGACUUCUCCUAUCACAAAUGCGUUGCUGGAGCUGCAGCUCAGAUCUCCCCUGAAUGUGCAGCAAUGUUUGAAAAAAGGUACCAUAGACGGUUUCAAAGGAGCAAGCCGAUGCCAUGAUGACCGGAUAUCUACAACUACUUCCGAGAUCUUCAUCAACUAAAUUAGCUGAUUAGUAUGGAAAAAAAUUAAUCUUGAUCUUCUUUCUUUCUUUCUUUCUCUUUCAUUUUUUGUUCCUUGUUCUUGUUUUGUGGUAACAUUUUUGCCUCCACUAAUUCUUGUGCAGUGCGAAAUGCACCAAUGGUUGCCAAUUGACAGCAAAAGAUGUUCACCUUAUUUUUUUGUCGCAAUAAUUUUUGCUAAUCCGCUGAUGUAAAGGAGUAAAGAAUUUCUAUAAAUGAAGUUUUGAU